AUGGUGUUUGUCGACGCGACCAACAUCCCGCUGUACAACAAUCUCAAGGAGCAGCUGUCGUGUUUUGCGGAUGAAGUAAUCCGGGACUCCAUCGACGGAGUGUUCAUCCUGGAGAAACGCUGCAAAGCCAUCAUCGACACGCUGUUCCCGGAAAUGAGCGUCUUGGUGGCAAACGAGUAUGAGCUGAUCGUGCGCCGGGUCGUCAAGUACAUGCUCCCGGCCAAGUUUCUCGGGGUGGACAUGCGGCAGGUGCACCGAACGAUCGAUCUAACCCGAUCGAUGAUCAAGCACGCCUUUGUGAUACUGGAGAGCCACUUCCUGUACGACGACGACAGCUAUCGGAAGCUGUUGGCAGUGGAGUACUGGCUAAGGACGUUCGAGAACAACAUUCGAUCGACGGAAGCAACGACGAGAGCGAACUGUUCCUGUCGUUGAUCGGAGCGUUGAACGGUACGAGUGAUUCAAACGAUCACAAGAAAACGACACGCGCGAAGCGAUCGUCACAGAAGAA